AUGGAUCUUGCCAAAGCGCUUCUUAUUGGAGGCAGCCCACCUCCUGUUCUCUUUGUUGACGAUCCCACCGGAGCAAUUACAAACAUCACUGAUGCCAACUAUAAGGAUACUAUUUUUGAAGACGAGUGGAUCAUCGCCUUCUGUUCUUUCUCCUCCGCACCUUGCGCUGACUAUUUCCCAACCUAUCUCGAUGCUGCAGUCACCAUGCAGAAUGAGACACAGACAAAGUUCGCAGCAGUUUGGGUUGAGGAGAAUCCUCGUCUCUCUGCUCGCUUUAUUGUCCCUGCUCGUCUCCCAUAUGUUAUCUAUGCCAAGGAUGGAGACUUUCGUCAUAUCCCCUAUGUCCGCAACGAUACCCAGUAUUUAAUCACCUUCAUUGAAGAGGAAAAGUAUAAAUUCUACUCUGUGUUGGAUGGACCUAUGGGACCUUACUCUACUAUCUCCAGUUAUUUUGUAAAGUACGCAGAAUUCAUGGAGUGGGUCGGCAAGUACACCAGCUGGAUGCCUAAAUGGCUUAUCUACAUCAUUGCUGGCUCCACUUCCGGAAUGGUUUUCUCAUUCUUCUCGGGUGGAUCCAACUACUCAAGUGAUCCUUCCAAGUAUCCUCACUUGAAUCCCGAUGACAAAGACCACCUCAUUGAUCUUUUAACAAAACAAUGGACACGUCUCGAUAAUAAGGUCCGGUUCAUUUUGAUGAUUAUUUCUGGUGAACUUCAAGUCCAAAACCGCAAGAAAGCACUCAUUGUUCAGGAUAUGCAUAUGAAAGGUUUCACAAGGAUCCAGGAUUUAGAUAUAGAGGUGGAUCAGGCAGUAGUUCCUGACCCAGGCGCCGUUAAACCCAAGGUUGAAAAUGGAAACGAAUUUGAUUAUCUUCUCAAGAUGGCCAUCUGGAGUCUGACCCACGAGAAAGUUGAAGAACUCAAGAAGGAGCGUGACAUGAAGAAUGCGGAACUGAAGCUGCUGAUCGACAAGUCUGCAUACGAUCUCUGGAAUGAGGAUCUGGACGCGCUUAUGGCAGCAUGGGAGGCGUUAUUACAGGCUGAUAUUGACGAAGCUAACUACAUGGGUAACAAAGGUAAAAAGCCGAUAUCUUAA